CAACAACACCACUUCCUUCAUCAACAACACAGACGACGUCCCCUCUGACUACUACAACCAACACAUCCCUUUCCAGUGUCACCAGCACACCUCAGAUGAUCUCAGCGAUCUCUACAGAUAUAACUUCAACUAACACAGGACACACAUCAAUAAUGGUUAUCCAAAGUUCUAAUCCAGGCACCACACGAACUUCAAAUGGACCUCCCACCGCAGGGACAACAUCCAAAACCUCUACUCAGGAAUUGUCUUCACAGUCUCCAACCCACCAGACUGGAAGCACAGAGACCUCCAGUGAACUGCAAACCAGCACCCUCACAGAUGUGACUACGUCAAAACACUCAGCCUCCCAAAGUGGAUCUACCCUGACGCUGACAGUGACUCAGGGGACAUCUUCUUCAGGAGAUUCAACUACCUCAGCUGCCUUCAGUGUUGGAAGCUCACCUACUAUCACUUCACAGGUGACCACCACAAAAACCUCCACAGGCUCCACCUCAGGGAACCCAGAGAACCCACAGGAUACUCAAACCUCUGCAACAGUAACCACAGAAAUCUCAAUGACAUCUCCACCACAGAAAGAGUCAACAGUGUCAACACUCACAACCUCUAAUCAGGAAUUGUCAACAUCUUCUCAGAUCGGCCACACUGGAACCAUGGAGACCAGCAGCAAUCCUCAAAACAUCCCUCUCACAGAGGUGACCACAUCAACUCUGUCCUCUUCCCCAAGUGACUCAACUCCAGCACAGACAGGGUCCCAAGGCACCUCAUCUCCAGAGGCACCAACCAAUCCAUUCACUUCCAGUGUUAGCAACACAAACCCAACCAUGUCAGAGAUGCCAACUGCAGCACCCUCCACAGACUCCACCUCAGGAAAUACAGGGCACACAUCUCCAGCUGUUUCUCAAAGUUCCACAUCUAUCAUCACCACAGUCUCAAUGACAAAUUCACCAAGUGUCCUGUCAACGGUGACAUCUUCCAUCACCUCUAAUCAGGAAUCAUCAACCUCUUCUCAGAAUGGCCACACUGGAACCAUGGAGACCAGCAGCAAUCCUCAAAACAUCCCUCUCACAGAGGUGACCACAUCCACUCUGUCCUCUUCCCCAAGUGGCUCAACUCCAGCACAGACAGGGUCCCAAGGCACCUCAUCUCCAGAAGCAACAACCAAUCCAUUCACUUCCAGUGUUAGCAACACAAAACCACCUACAUCAGAGAUGCCAACUGCAGUACCCUCCACAGACUCCACCUCAGGAAAUACAGGGCACACAUCUCCAGCUGUUUCUCAAAGCUCCACAUCUCCCAUUACAGGAAUCUCAGUGACAAAUUCACCAAAUGUCCUGUCAACGGUGACAUCUCCCAUCACCUCUCCUCAGGAAUCAUCAACCUCUUCUCAGAAUGGCCACACAGGAACCAUGGAGACCAGCAGCAAUCCUCAAAACAUACCUCUCAAAGAGGAAUCUCAAUGA